AUGGUUGUGUUUCUCAUUACACAUUCCAAGUAUACUCUUACUUCCUUUUCAGGGGACUAUUUGGUAGCAAUUGAAGAGAAAAACAAGGCUAUGUUUCUACGCGCUUACGUGAACUGGAGAAGUAAAAGGGCGGAGAACUCUCGCGUGUGUAUCCGAAUGGUUGGGCAUAAUGUGGAGGUGCCCUUCAGGGAAUCCUUCGGAGACCGGAUGUCCAUUGUUGAAAUGCCCCUCUCUGAGCCCCCGUUGUGCAUUUCCUGUUGCCCUGUGAAAGGAGACCUCCUUGUUGGCUGCACGAAUAAGUUGGUCUUAUUUAGUUUGACAUACCAGGCCAUUAAUGAGGAAUUCUCAAUAUUAGACUUUGAACGUUCUUUAAUUAUCCACAUUGAUAAUAUUACUCCUGUCGAAAUUUCUUUUUGUGUUGGAUAUGUUGCUGUCAUGUCAGAUUUGGAAGUCUUAAUCUUAAAACUGGAAUCGGACUCUAAAAACGAAGAGAGAGUUAACCACCAACCAUAUAAGACCAGCAAUCCAGUAAAACAGACAAAUGAAGGUUUCAAUAAUGAAACUUCACAAAUUGAAACAGAUGAUUUUGUUAUCUGCCAAAAGCCCAUGGAGCUUCUUGGUGAAAAAAGUAAACAGUCUGGAGUAUCUGUUACACUGGAAUCUACGGGAUUAGCUGAUGACAAAUUAAAAUAUUUCCACAUCCAGCACCUGCUGUAUAGACGUUUUACUCCCGAUAUUUCCUUCUAUGUCUCAUCUGAUGACAUCAGGUUGCAUUCCCUUCAGCUGCUACCCAUUUACCAGACAGGUUCUCUUACUUCCGAUGGAAAAAAUUCGCCUCAGGAAAAAGAGUUGCUGAGUCUUUUUUGCUUUUUUUCAUUACCCUAUGUGGGCUACCUCUACAUGGUUGUCAAAUCUGUUGAAUUAAUAUCAGUCUACCAGUACCCUGAGAAGUCUCAGCAGGCGGUGCUCACACCACUGUUUUUGCAUGUCAUCACCAGAAACAACCUGCAGUGCUUCACAGUGCGGUGUAGCGCGGCGGUGGCUCGUGAGGAGGACCCUUACAUGGACACUACCCUGAAGGCUUGCCCACCUGUCAGUAUGGAUGUCUGUGCUUUAAGAAUACAGCUUUUUAUAGGCCUGAAUGCUAUCUGUCAUUUUAAAAAUCAUGUAGUACUUUUGACCAAGGCAGACCCUGAAGCCAUUCCAGACAGAAGAGAAUCACCCAGGAGGUUUCUUUCUAGAAAAGAUACCAGUGUUAAGAUCAAACCUCCUGCAGCUGAGGCUGGGUGGAGUUUGUAUAUUGUGAAUACGAUCUCACCAGUGCAACUAUACAAAGAAAUGGUAGACUAUAGUAAUACCUACAAGACUGUAAAAACCCAGAGCUGCAUCCACCUUCUCAGUGAGGCCCAUCUGUUAGUGAGAGCUGCCCUGUUGGAUACCAGUCACCUGGAACCCGGAGAAAAAGCAGAGCUUUUAGAAGCCUUUAAAGAAAGCUGUGGGCACCUUGGAGAUUGUUACAGCAGGCUUGACACCCAGCAUUCCCACCUCGCCUUGCCAUACUAUAAGAUGUCUGGUUUGUCUCUGGCUGAAGUUUUGACCCGCGUGGAUGGGGCAGCAGAGUGUGAACCGCAGAAAUAUGAGAGGGGAUUGAUCUUUUGUAUUAAUCACUCACUUUAUGAAAACCUGGAUGAAGAAUUAAGUGAAGAAUUAGCAGCAAAAGUGGUUCAGAUGUUUCACAUAGCUGAGCCGAAACAAUUGCCCCAUAUUCUCUGUAGUCCUGCUAUGAAGAAUGUGAAUCCCUUAACUGCCUUGAGCUGUCUAAGGAAGCUGGACGCCUGUGGACUCUUCUCUGUCUUAGUGACACUGAUGAAAGCAGCACUGGCUCUAAAGAUGGGAGAUGUUGACAUGUACGGAAGUGAAAUGAAAAGUCAUUCACAGAUGAAGUUGGUAUGUGGCUUCAUUAUGGAACCUCGGCUACUGAUUCAACAGAGGAAGGGACAGAUUGUUCCAACAGAGCUUGCAGUUCAAUUGAAGGAGACUCAGCGUGGAUUGCUUGUGGCUGCAGUUCUGGGUUUACAGAAGAACAACAAAAUUGGAGUUGAAGAGGCAGAUUCUUUCUUUAAGGUGCUCUGUGGUAAAGAUGAAGAUACGAUUCCUCAGCUCUUGGUAGACUUUUGGGAAGCGCAGCUGGUGGCCUGUCUCCCAGAUACGGUUCUUCAGGAGCUCUGUUGCAAGCUCAUAUCACAGUACAUUUGGAGAGUAUCUAAGAGACAGCUUCCUGAUACUAUACCCUUGAGAACAUCAGAGGAUCUGAUAAAUGCCUGUAGUCACUAUGGCUUAAUCUAUCCCUGGGUACAUGUUUUAAUGUCAUCCGAUUCCUUAGCCAAUAAAAGUUAUACAGAAGACCUUUCAAAAUUACAGUCUCUUAUAUGUGGUCCUUCAUUUGACGUAGCUUCCAUUAUUCCCUUCUUGGAGCCACUCUCAGAAGACACUGUUGCUGGCCUCAGUGUCCAUAUUCUGUGUCGCACCCGUCUGAAAGAGUAUGAACAGUGCAUAGACACGCUGAUGGAGAGAUGUCCAGAGGCAGUCAUUCCAUACGCUAAUCAUGAGCUGAAAGAAGAGAACCGGACUCUAUGGUGGAAAAAACUUCUGCCUGAACUUUGUCAGAGAAUAAAGUGUGGUGGAGAGAAGUAUAAGUUUUACCUGUCGUCAUUAAAAGAAACAUUAUCAGUUGUUGCUGUGGACCUAGAAUUCAGGGAUUUCUUGAAUGUUCUCCCAGAAGAUGGCACUGCAGCAUUUUUCUUGCCUUAUCUUCUUUAUUGUAGUCAAAAGAAAUCAUUGACAUGAAGGUAUAAUUUGAAAAACACCACAGUAUAUGAAACUGAAUUUUUAAAAACUUGGUGCCAGAUAAAAAUACAAGCCAAUGAUUUUUUACAGGUGAUUUCAAGAUGUUUAUCUUACCAUGUAGUGGGAACUGUUGAUUUCUUAAUUAUAGCAUGAGUCUACUUAAUUGUACAGAAUGUAAAAAAGCUUCAAAUGGAAAAAUUCCUGAAAGAAAUCAUAUGAUUUUGAAGGUGGAUUCAACUUUUAUUCCAAGGAACAACAUUGAUUCUGUUGUUGGAGACAUAGCAAUAAUUUUCAUCCUGGGAACACUUUGAGGGAAUUUCUGCCCGUGUGUUUAAAAUGUUGCUCUAUGAGUGACUAUCCAUUUAUCUUCUUGAUUGUUUUCAGAUUUCUCUACUAGGUUACUUUUCUUUUUAAACGAUUCUGUUUGAGAAAGAUGGAAAUGUUUUGCUAUAGUAAAAAAUUGAAACAUUUUCUUGUUACUUUUAAAAAAAAA